CUCCCGCCCCAGCGCCGCCACCUCGGACCGAGCCAUGGGGGCGGCGGCGGCGGCGGUGGCGGCGGCUGCGUGGCUCCUGCUGGGGACCGCGGCCUGCGCGCAGCGCGAGCAGGACUUCUACGGCUUCAAGGCGGUCAACAUCCGGGGCAAGCUGGUGGCCCUGGACAAGUACCGCGGCUCGGUGUCCCUGGUGGUGAAUGUGGCCAGCGAAUGUGGCUUCACGGAGCAGCACUACCGAGCUCUGCAACAGCUGCAGAGGGACCUGGGGCCGCACCACUUCAACGUGCUCGCCUUCCCUUGCAACCAAUUUGGCCAGCAGGAGCCCGACAGCAACAAGGAAAUCGAGAGCUUUGUCCGCCGCACAUACAGUGUCUCCUUCCCCAUGUUUAGCAAAGUCGCUGUCACCGGCACGGGGGCCCACCCUGCCUUCAAGUACCUGACUGAGACUUCUGGGAAGGAGCCCACCUGGAACUUCUGGAAGUACCUAGUGGCCCCUGAUGGCAAGGUGGUAGGGGCUUGGGAUCCAACUGUGUCGGUGGAGGAGAUCAGGCCCCAGAUCACCGCACUGGUGAGGAAGCUCAUCCUGAAGAAGCGGGAAGACUUGUAAACACUCUCGCCUAUCCUGCAGUUUCCAGCCCUCCCCCUUGCAGGGCUAACCAAAGCAAACUCAAAUGGUGCUUUCAAGGGAGAAAUCACCGCUCCUUCCUCCGCUCUUAUCCCAGCUACCCUGUUCAUCACUCCUAGUGGGAGGGAGGGAAGGAACAUUCUAUGAGAUUAUUGCAUUUCAGAACAACCCAUUGAAACUCCUAACCAGUGAGUGCUCAUGCCCAAUGCGUCAUCAACCAAUAAGAACCUUUAGCCUAGGAGACCAUGUGGCAAAUCGAGGUAUAUCAGUAAUAAUCUCCUCCCUGCCAAUGAGGUCAGUUCCUACAUCCCAGUCUGUUGUGACGACUGAGAUGAAAGGCCUAUGAAAGAAACUAGAGGCACUCAAUAAAUAAUUUUUGCAUAUAAAUAAAAAAUUACUUGUGAUCAAUGUAAACAUGUAUCUAACGUAAAUUCCCAGCCAAUAAGAAUCCCAGUUAUAGAGCAAUUAUGGUUAAUGUGAUGUUCCUCUGUAUCAAUGUUUUAGUCCCAAA